AUGAUUGCUAGACCACUACUUAUGAGAUCCCAACUUCCUGUGUCUGCUUGGGGACAUGCUAUUUUGCAUGCAGCAACACUGAUUCGCAUCAGGCCAACAAGUAAUCAUAAGUUCUCCCCAUUACAGUUGGUUCUUGGCAAAGAACCAAAUAUCUCCCACCUAAAGGUUUUUGGGUGUACGGUGUACGUCCCGAUUGCUCCACCACAGCGAUCUAAGAUGGGACCUCAGAGGAGAUUGGAAUAUAUGUUGGAUAUGAUUCUGAUCAAUCAUAAGUAUCUAGAGCCAUCCACUGGGGAUUUGUUUAAGGCUAGAUACGCAGACUGUCAUUUUAAUGAAUCAGUCUUUCCAACAUUAGGGGAAGAAACUAAACAGCUGGGAAAAGAGAUUAGCUGGAAUGAAUUAUCAUUAUCUUAUCUUGAUCCUCGGACUAAAGAGUCUGAGAAUGCUCCAAUUAGAUUGAAUGUCCAGAAGGGCAUAAUCAGAUUGCUACAGAGUCUAAGACACGCCAGAAGCGUGGUAGACCUAUUGGUUCCAAAGAUAAACCCUCGGAAAAGAAAAGGAGCAGAAAUUGGCAAUAGUGAAACCGAGGUAACCACGAAUGAAAGAUCUCCAGAAGAGACUUUACACAUGACUGAAAUUCAGGUACCUGAGAAUGAAGAGAUCUCAAUAAAUUAUGUCAUGUCUGGAAUAAAGUGGAACCGAAAGGAAAUCGACGUCGAUGAAAUAUUUGCAUACAAUGUAGCAAUCGAUAUUAUGGAUGAGGAUCAUGAACCGACAUCUAUUGCAGAGUGCAUGCAAAGAAUUGAUUGGCCAAAAUGGAAUGAGGCAAUAGAUGCGGAAUUCAACUCUCUUGGUAAAAGAGAAGUAUUCGGACCAGUAGUCCGUACACCUGAAGGACGUAUGUGGUAUAACCGUCUUAGUGAGUACUUGCUGAAGGAAGGCUAUAAGAAUGAUCUUAUCAGUCCAUGCAUAUUCAUAAGGAAAUUCGGUAAAGGAUUUGUUAUCAUUGCGGUGUACGUUGAUGAUUUGAAUAUUAUUGGAACUCCUGAAGAGAUUUCAUAUACAGUAGAAUACUUGAAGAAAGAAUUUGAGAUGAAAGAUCUCGGAAAGACGAAAUUCUGCUUGGGAUUGCAGAUUGAGCAUCUUGUGGAUGGAAUUCUACUGCACCAGAUGGCGUACACUGAGAAAAUUCUCAAAAGGUUUUUCAUGGAUCAGUCUCAUCCUUUGAGUAGUCCAAUGAUUGUGAGGUCACUUGAUGUAUUAAAGGACCCUUUUCGCCCUCGGAAAACGAUGAAGAAGUUAUUGGUCCUGAAGUACCAUACUUGA